CGGCGCCUGGCUGUGUGUACCUGAGCUGCACACUGAGCGCUGGCAGCCGGGGAUAUGCUGGGGCUGGGGUCCGGAGGGGCGGCGAAGUCCCCCAAGCAGCCGUCAUUUGUGUCGUAUUUAACUCCUGAGGAGAUUGAUGUCAAAGAGAAGGUGGAGCAAAUAGAGAAGGUCGAUGAUGUUCUGCUAUUACCAGGUGAGAUGCUCCUCUGUGAAGCCAGCAACAUAUUGAAGGUCUCCCAGGAUGAAACUUCCCAGCGAGGCAUCUGUGGAAGACUGAUCUGCACCAACUUCAAGAUCACCUUCCGGUGUGAGGAGGGCGCUGAAGAAAAUGUUCCAGAAUUCAAAAACAAAAUUGUGGGUGAGAACGACAUCACUUUGCAGUGCGUGGACCAGCUCUAUGCAGUGUAUGAUGACAAGAAGAAGGUUCAAAUAUCCGGGGCUCCGCUGAAGAAGUACCCCGAGAGGCUGAUCAUCUACUGUAAAGACUUCAGAGUGUUCCACUUCUGUCUCCGCUACGCCAAAGAGGAUGAAGUGAACCGGAUUGUCAAUGGGAUCAUUCAUCACACCCUUAGCCCAAAACGUUUGAAGCUGAUUUUCCUUUUUUCAUACACAGAAGCUGUCCCCUGUUACAAAGCCACAAGUGCCAAGGAUCUGACUUUGCUGUUUGAGAAUCCCGAGGAUUGGCGUAAGGAGGUAGACCGUACCAAGGGGAAUCUAUGUUACAAGGUUUUAUCCAUCAAUCAGAUGUACAAAGUCUCAGACAGGUUACCUCCAUACUUUGUCGUCCCCGUGUCACUGUCGGACGAGAGCGUGUAUAAAUUCCAGGGCAGAGGGAUUCCUAUUUGGUGCUGGUCCUCUCCGCAUAGUGCUGCCUUGUUUAAAAUGGCCUCCCUCCCUAAAGAAGUAGACGAAUCCUCCAUACAGGAGCAGAGAGCCUUCCUGGACAGCGUGGAGAAGACCCUUCACAGGCCCCCCUUGGAGGAAGUAAGAAUUGAGGAUUUAGCAGUCACUCUCCCCUCCCUCUCUGAAAUCCUGGUGGCCUACACUCGCUUUAAGCAGCUGUUUCUAAUAGAUAAUUCCACUGAGUUCUGGGACACGGACUCAAAGUGGUUUUCGUUACUGCACACGAGCAAUUGGCUUGAAAUUGUAAGACAGUGCCUCAAGAAAUCAAUAGAAGUGAUCGAAUAUUUGGAAAGCCAAAGAAUUAAUGUUGUCCUCAAAGAGGACACGGCCUCCGACUUCUGCUGUGUAAUCUCCAGUCUGGUGCAGAUCAUGAUGGAUCCGCAUUACCGCACCAGAUACGGCUUCCAGAGCCUUAUCCAGAAGGAGUGGGUUAUGGGAGGACAUAGUUUUCUGGAUAGAUGCAACCAUCUUCGGAACAACGAGGGUGAGUCUCCCAUCUUCUUGCUCUUCCUGGACUGCGUUUGGCAGCUGGUCCAUCAGUACCCACUCUCCUUUGAGUUCUCAGAGACGUACCUGACGGUCCUGUCAGAUAGCAUCAAUAUACCGAUCUUCAGCACUUUCUUCUUCAAUUCACCCCAUCAAAAAGAGUCGCAUAAGUGGGUUGAGGACAGCAGCGGCAGACAAAGCAGCUCUUUGAGUUUUUACUCCGUCUGGGACUGGUCGGUGCAGUUUGAAUUUAAAGCUCUGACGUUUCUAAGCAAUCUGCUGUACAUGGAGAAAUCCAAGCAAGAGAAAAGCCGCAAAGGAGUACGUUCUAAGCAUCACAGGCAGUUAUCUCUGCCUCUUACCCAGCCAAAAUCUUCAAAUAAGAGAGGAUUCUUCAAAGAGGAACCUGGACCUUUUAUAAAAAGUCUACUCGGUAAAAGAAUUAGCAAAUUAAUAAGUGCAUCAGAUGAAGUGCCAAGUAAUUACCAGGUCUUCUAUGAGAAUUGGCACAGAAAACCAGUAGACUAUAAUGGCUUGAUCCUGCCACAUAUCGAGGGGCCUGAUAUCUGCAUCUGGGCCCAGCGACACUUGCGUUGGAUCCCGGAAGCUCAGGUACUCGGUGGUGGAAAUGUGGCUGCCACACAGAAGGUGUUGGAGCUCUUGGAUGAAAUUCAGUGUCUUAAGAAUGAAUUGAACGAGAGACCAAUAUUGCCCUAUCGAGCCUCCAAGGAGAAUGACCUGGACAGUAGACGUAAAAAGUCUGUCCGCCGAUCCUCACUGUUCCCUUUUGCUCAUUUCCAUAUGAACUGUAUUAGACCUUCUAUAUCUACUACCACGUGGAGGAGCUGGGAAGCGGAGGAUGAACUUGUGAACCGGGAUGAUGAGGAUUUUGAACUGGGCACUAUAUGAUUGAUGUAAUCUCUCUAGAUUUGAUUUAAUAAGAUAGAUAUAUAUGUAUACUGUUAUAUCACUGGCAGAUUCCCAUGUGCUGCUCACCAAAUGUAUAAUUUAUUUCUAUAGGUUUUGUAUUUCAGGCAUUCCUAGACAAUCGUUUUUAGGUUAAGAACCUAAUGUCUUGUUUACAAAGCAAGUAAAAUAUGAACCGUUCACAAGGAACAAACUAGACGUCUUUCUUGCAGAAAGAAUAUACAAGAAAAAAAAUAUAUAUAUGGACCAAACCAUCCUUCCCAUCACAAUCCAAAAAAAUGAGAGAAUUUCUCUUUAAAGUUAAGUAUAGCACAGCAUAAGAAGAGACUUAAAUUACUGCAUUCCUUUACUUUCUCCCUGCUGAUGUCAGCUGCAGGAGCAUAUAGAGGGAAAGUGAUAGCUAGCUCAAAUAACUUGAAUAUCUUGCCCAAACAUGGAAUUUACAAGCGGUCUGUGUGUCUGAAGAGGACACUUGCCAGCUAAUAAAGUCCUGUGAUUACAGCAGCCUCGAGUAGUGUUUGACUGUACAAACAAUGGAGGGGAGGGGUUGUCAAAUAUAGUAGGUAUCUGUAACAUGGGAGACAAGUUACAGAAAAUAUCAUCCUUUUCCCAUCAGCUCUUUCAUAGUUUAUGGGAUAUGAACCCAUGUCCGUAUGCUCCAUUAGAUCCCUCAGCUCAAGACAGUCUUUGAGCCAGAAUGGAGAUGCACUAACAUGUAAAAAAAUGUUUUACUGAGCAACCUCCCUCAGACAAAAGCAACUGUUUUCCUGGGGUCUUGGCAGCCUGACCUGCUUUUAUAUUAAAGGGGUCGUCUGUGAUGAGAGAACUUCUUUUAAAGGGGGUUGUCCGGGAUUAGGAAAACAUGGCUGCUUUUUUUUUCUUCCAAAAAACAGCACCACCCCUGUCUGUGGGUUGUCUGCUAUCGCAGCUCCGUUCCACUGGAGCCAAUGGGGCAGACCUGCAAUACCGCACACAAUCUGUGGACAGGGGUGGUGCUGUUUUUGGAAGAAAGCAGCCAUGUUUUUUUCUAAUUGUGUACAAUCCCUUUAAGAUUUUGUGGAAAGGUUAUGACUCCGUAUGGGUGCCAUUGUCACCUAGCUUCUCAGUAUGACUGCAUCAUAAACAGGUUUUUGCCAUUCGAGAGGCUGGAAAAGCGGAGUUAUAACCUCUACAAUGUACAAUUAUACAGAGUAAUGAUGGUUAUCGGUCAGGGGGGUUAUGCUUGAGUAUCUUUUUUUUUUUUUUUUCUUUUUUUUUUUUUUCCAUUCCUUAAUUUAUAUUAAUAUGGCGGACACAAGUCUAAGAUUAUCAUCACGCCACCACUUAGGGAUCCAUCCACAUAUUACCUAGCGCUGAUAGCUCUGAUCGUAGACUUUUUAUGCAACUGUUAAUAUUUAAAUAAAUCUAUAUGAAAAUGUUACAAUACAUGUCACUUUCCAUUGGAGACGUGGUUGAAAAAAAUAAUUUAGCACUGCAGAUAUUGCAAUUAUUUUAUAUCAAGAUAUAGCAGGGCCGAAUCUCAUCAUUGAACGCUUAUUUUGUGUGCUGAGUGAUAUCGAAGUUACAGUAAUCUUGCCAAAUGACAAGUUCAGUUCUGCUAUAUCUUAUUAACUUUCACUGUAGACCCAGAAACUAAAGCCGGUGUCCACUGAAGGGGAUGAAAUGCCAAAAACAUCUAUUAAGAAGCAGCCUUUUAUGUUGGUGAACGUCACCUCCCAGCAUGCUUUGCUGUAGUAGUUUAGUUAGCAAUGCACUGUGGGGGGUACAUAAAUGUAGUUCUAUCAAUUGCUUACUGCCAGACUACUGUAUGAAAAGCUUAUAUGUAUAGGAGAAAAUUUACCUCAUUUGCUUUAUGGAAAAAAAGGAUGUAUUAUAGUUGCUAUUUUGUAAUUAAAUAUUUUAUCUAUAGAA